AGUCCGGGACGGACUAGGAACUGGAGAAGGCAGUCCUCGAGGUGGACGUGGAGGAGCCUGCAGCGACGUUUAGGCAUGGAUCAGAGCAGUGAAGGAUGUAUGAAAAAGAUUGGCAGUGUGAAUCUUGACAAACUUAUAAAUGACUUCUCACAAAUAGAAAAGAAAAUGAUAGAAACCAGUGGAAAGAACAAAAUCCUGGAUAUUCAGUUGGAAAAGACUAACUCUUUAUUAAAAGUGAUGCAAACAAAAGAAGUCUCAAUGAAAGAAGAAUGUGCUAUUCUUCAUAAUAUGAUAAAAGGGCUACAACAGACCCUUGAAUAUCAACACAAUUUGAAAGGUGAGAAUGAACAAUUAAAAAGAAAUGCUGACCUUAUGAAAGAGAAGUUAAAAUCUCAUGAACAGGAAUAUAAGAAUAAUAUUGCUAAACUUGUGAGUGAAAUGAAAAUCAAAGGGGAGGAACAUAAGAUAGAAAUAAGCAAACUUUAUCAGGAUAUGCAGAAAAAAGUUGAAUUAAAUGAAGAAAAGCACAAGGAACUAAUAGAGAAAAAGGAGAUGGAAAUAUCAGAGUUAAAUGCAAAAUUAAGAACUCAAGAAAAGGAAAAACAAAGUGAAAUAAUCAAACUACAGCUAGAGAGGACCUGCUCAGUCAACAUACAACCAUCAGCCACACUGCCUGUCAACACUGGAGCUGAAGGUGGACUCUUUAGUUGUUCAGAAGAUUCUUGUUUCCAGAGAGGAUGUCAUUUCCUCUGAGAGCGAGAACAGAUAACUCAAAGACUACCAGCAUUUUACAGUCAAAUCUAUAUGAGCUUCAUAAGACUGUCAUUCCAGCCAGGGAGAGUGUUUUUAAUCCUCAACAUUACUCUCUCUCCAGAAGAAAUUGUGGAAGUGUAGUAAACCAACUAGAAAUUAUUUUUGCUUUAUCUGGAUAAAAAGAGACAAUUUUUUAAGUAACACCUGUUUUAGAGGCAAACAAAUCUAAUUCCUUUAAAAAAAAAAUUAAGGAACUUCUAGUACAGCAUCUCAUAGACUGAGGCUCCAGCUCUUGUUCUGAAGCUAAUCACAUGUCAGAAUCUCAAAAAUCCUGAUAUUUUGACAAAAUACCUGUCCUUUAAUUUUGUUCUUUAUAUUUAACCAGUCUCCUUUCUAUAUUCUUCCAUCUCAUUAUGCUUCCCCACUUCAACUCCCAUUUUACUUCAUGUUGUAAGAAUGCAAAGAUCUCCAGGUAUGGUGGUUUUAUGCCUUUAAUCCCAGCAGCUCCGUAGGCUGAGGCAGAGAAUCACAAGCUCAAGGCCAGCUUCAGCAACUUAGCAAGACCCUUUCUCAAAAUAAAAAAAGAUGGGAUGUGGCUCAGUGUUUAAGUGUCCCUGGUAUAAAAAAGAUAGUUCAUAGGUCUUAGUUAAAAUAUACUGCUUAUUUUCCAGAAACUGGUAUAUUCCUGGGGUGCUUGAUGAGGUAAUAUGUGUAAUCAUAUGGCAGAAAGGGGACUCAGGUUGAUUUUAGAAGUUCUUUGCUGAUGCUGCUGGCUUAUCACUAAGUAUACCCACAAACAAUAGAGAGGACGGAUGGCCAACUGAAAUAGAAUAGGUCAUGUUUCAAGAUUCACCAUUGACUUUUAAACUAUCAGUUGGGAGUCUGUAUUUUGUUUAUUAUCUAGGGUUUGUCAUUAGUCUAGUUCAAGUAUGCUGUUAACCUAUGUAUGGAACUAUCAUCUGUCUUUGUUGUAACUACAUUUCUCCCCUCAAACCAGAACACAAUUUUAUUGAGAGUUUAGAAGUCCUCAGAGGCACAACACUAAAUUAGAAAGGAAGAAUUAUAAUGCAGUAUUGUUCAAAACAAAAUUGGUGUGUAAGAAUGAUCUAUGAAAAUUUUUAACCUGACUUUGUUUAAUUUGAAUGAAUAAAAAUUCAAAGUAAAUCAAUAAAUUACAUCCAAAUUCUACUACUUAUCUUCAGUUUCUAGAGAAGGACAAGUAAGGUUUCCUCCUAUGACUCCUAUAACACUACAUUUUCUUGACAAAAGUACCCUUAUGAGAAUGUAAAAAUAUUUUUUCUAUUUUUAACUUAAACUAGAUUUUCAGCUCUGGUUGCAUGAUAGAAUCAGCUGAUGCUGACUGGGUAUAUAAUUAAGUGAUAGAGUGCUUGCCUAGCAUGCACCAGGCCCUGGUUUCAAGCCACAAUACUGAAAAAAAACACCUGAUUUUGAGCAAAGAGAGUAUGCUAGCUAUACCCCAGAGUCUCUAAAAUAGUGCCCAGGUAUUUGGUACUUCCUAAAGUUUCACCAAAUAAUUUUUUAAAUUUUUAAAAUUUGUUUUAAUUAGUUAUACAUGACAGUAGAAUGCAUUUAUACACUUUAAUGUAUCAUA